UUAUUAUUUAGGCGACACAUUUUCGCCUCUCGACUGGGCAAGACGUGUGGAUGAAGAGAAUAUUGGCUGCCAGAGGGCCGCAUGAAGAUUCUGAUAUAAUCAGGAGCACUAUCUCGCUUUGUUAGCUCACACCUUCAACUUACCGGGACUGCUGGCGCAACGGUAGCGCGUUCGCCUCCAGAGCGAAAGGUUAUCCGUUCAAAUCGGGUGUGGUUCAAUACCUCAUUAUACAACCGUAUAUUUUGUUUUUGUUUGCUAUUUUUUUAGCCCAUGAAGUCUCCACCUUUCUGUGCAAAAAUAGCGUUCCAUGUUCCCCAGGUCCAUGUUCUGUCGUCGGAUUAGAACCGAGCUUCGUGCUCGCGAAUUGGCUUCCCCUCUUAACCGAAGAGAUUAUGGUGGCAGUGCUCAUGGCAGUCCCUAUUAAUUUACCAUAAUGGAGGCAGUACUUCGGUCUCUUAAAUUAGACUUGAGGGUUUCGAGAAUCACUUUUUCUAUUUAAUAGUCCUGGCACGCCCAGUUAUACAGUUUCUUUUCCCUAUUCAAACCUCACCCUCUGGAAAAUUACCCUGAAGCCGGACAACCCCGUCUUUUCUACAUCACAGGUCCAACAUGGCUUCAGUUCUCUUAGAAUCCGCAGAUGCAAAGAAUAGCUUUGUCGACCUAUCCGGAGUGGACGGCUCGGCCUUUUCGAAUCCGUAUGAUGCACUAAUUGAGGCUUGCAAUGAUGAUCCGGCCCUCCUCCAAGAAAAGUACUCCAACCACCGCCAAACCCGCAACGCCCAACAAAAAGCAAACCUCCUCUCCCCAACCUUCCCAGGCCUAAUCCUCGACGGCAUCCUCCUGCGCCGCGUCGACCCCACCGUCUCCCCAGGCUACGUCGACCCCCGCAACAGCCUCGUCUUCUGGGGUCGUCCCCCCCCCCACGUCCGCACCCUCGCCGCCACCAUCCAAGCCAAACUCAAGGAAAUCUCACCUCGCAUCUGGCUCAUGCCUCCCGAGAACAUGCACACCACCCUUUUAGAAAUCACGCACUCGCGCCCGCCCUCUGCCAUACCCCCCCUCGUCAAGGCCCUCAGCCCCGUCAUCCCGACCAUCAUCUCCGCCCCCGCCAAAAAGCCCAGCCGCCUCAUCAAGCCGCUCGUCUCCUUCGACGCCGCAGCCGUGGCACUGAGUUUCGUCCCCAUCGUGUAUGGGAAAUACUCCUACCACCACCUGCGGCGCGACUUGUUCACCUUGACAUCCGGCACGGGCGUGGAGGUGGGGAGUAGGUAUGUGGUUCCUAGUGCGCAUGCGACGCUGGGGAGGUUUAUUUAUGCGGAGGAUCAUGAUAGUAGGCAGAACAUGGAGAGGUGGGUGGAGGGGAUUGAGAAGAUUAAUGAGUGGCUUGAGGAGACGUAUUGGGGGGAGGAUGGGCUGGAGUGGGUGGUUGAUCAGGAGUUGGUGCUUAGGGAGGGGAGGCUGUGGUAUGGAGGGGGGGAGACGGUUGCGGGGGAGGGGGUGGAGUGGAAGGGGGUGGAUGGGGGAGAGGUGGAGAGCAUUUGAGAAGGUGAUAGAUGGAGUUGGGAUAGAGGCAGCGACGCUCUAAGGUAUAUCUAGGUAAACUUAAUCAUCACGAACGUGUUAUUCUAAGUCCUGGUUGAGUGGUGGGUGAGAGUUUAGGGGAGCGUGGAUGAUUAAGGAUGGGAUUUCAAUACGUACUCCCCAAAUCGCCUUCGAUGGGGGUAGCAGAGCACAAUAUCAUGUGGACUUAGAUAUGUUAGUACAGCUUGGCCCCUAAUAUUAUCAAUCAACUUACA